AUGUUCAACUCAACGAAGCAGUGGUUGCGCCGGCACCGCAGUGGCAUUGCCAUUGGUGCUGGAGUCGUCGGAGUCGGCUACCUGGCCGGUCAGUAUGUGCUGGGCAAGAUAUCAGAGGCUAGAGAGCGCAUGAGCAGUGAGCGGAUUGCGCGAGAGAAAGCAGAUGAGAUAGCUAAUGACUAUACUCCUAGUUUACGACGCCGAUUCGAGCAGAACCAGACAGAUUGUACUUUUACCGUGCUUGCCUUGCUGCCUACAGCUACGGAGAAUAUACUCGGAGCUCUUCCGGUCGAGGAGCUGACGAAUGAGUUGCAGCAGAAGCGUGCGGAGAGGCUGGCUAAGCAGUUGAACGGAGGAGAGGCUGCAGGAUCAGAGAUAAGUUCAGAUCCUCUAAGUACGGUAGACGACGAUGGGAAGAGCCUGUCGAGUCUCAGGAGCCAGGGGUACGUGCAUACCAGCCAGAUGGGGGAUUCUGUUUCGGGAGACGGGACACCACGGAAGAAGAGCAGGACGCAGCUGUGGAACGAGCUCAAGGUCAACUCUUUAACGCGAUCGUUCACUCUUCUAUAUACACUCUCACUGCUAACCUUGCUCACACGCAUCCAACUCAACCUGUUGGGUCGACGGAACUACCUGUCCAGUGUAAUAUCACUUGCCUCCCCACAAGCCGAUCCAGCUAUAAUAAGCCUGGAAGAGAACGACGGUGACAAUGCGUUUGGAAACGACUUCGAGACCAACCGUCGAUACCUUACCUUUAGCUGGUGGCUGCUACACCGCGGAUGGAAAGACUUGAUGGAAAGAGUCGAAGAAGCCGUCGUCGAAGUCUUUGGACCGCUUAACCCGCGAGAGGACAUAACGCAGGAAAGGCUCUCGGAGCUGACGCUUGAAGUACGCAAAAAGGUCGAGGGAGCCACGAGCGAAGAAAGACGGGUGAAGCAGUGGCUGCCAUACCUACUGCCGGCCGUCGAGCAGGAAGACUACGUGCUACGAGAGUCUGGUGUGCUGCUAUCGUCUGAAGAAGUCUCGCCGCAGACAGCAUCCAACCUGCGACAUCUGCUCGACGAGACAGCCGACCUUAUCGAGUCACCUCAGUUCACGCAUAUUCUUUCCCUGCUCAACAACGAAGCCUUCUCCUACCUUAUCGACCACAAAUGUGCUAUCGACGCCUUCAAGAAGCCGCCCACAGUCCCUGCUACACAAGCACCGGAAGCAAGUCCGGCAAAUCUGUUCUCGUCUUCAGCUACCGUUGUGCCGUCAGAUAGCCAACAGCCACCUCCAAACCCGCGGGUGAAGCUGGCUACGAUUCUAGCGGUCGUUUCCCGUCAGGCACAUACUAUCGGCCAGGGCUCGAAUCCGCCCAACGAAUAUCUUUCAGCCAUGGAGGAAGGGGUGCGGGAACUCGAGGCCUUUGCGGCCGUGGUGUACAGCAGUAACUUUGGGCUUGAAGGGACAACGUCACCGGGGGGUUCGGUAGGCGGUUCCUUUGUCGUUGUACCACUGUCAGAGAAGGCAGAGAAGGUGUCGAAGAUCGAGAUGAGAGACGUAGAAGCCGAAGACGAAGCUGGAGCUGGAGCUGGAGCUGGAGCUGGCGCUGAUGUCGAGGAGAUCAACUUUGAGUCUGCCUGGGGCAAGGCAACGACUGAUGAGAAGUAA